CUCGAGUCCAUUUUGCGGUGGUGCGCGGCGCUUACCGCGCGAUCUUCCGAGCUGGAAGACCUGAGUCCUUGCAGCUGCAGGCUUUGCCGGAGCCUUUAGUUUUUUAUUGUCAGUUGAAACGUGGAAAAACAAAACCCUGAUUGCUUUGCCCUGGGUAAUAGUAACUCUACGGUAAACACCUGCUUGCAGGGACAGAGGAUGUGAUGGAGCUGCUUGAAGAAGAUCUCACGUGUCCAAUUUGUUGCAGUCUGUUUGAUGAUCCUCGAGUUUUGCCUUGUUCACACAACUUCUGCAAAAAAUGCUUAGAAGGUCUCUUAGAGGGGAAUGUGCGGAAUUCGUUGUGGAGACCAUCUCCAUUCAAGUGCCCUACAUGCCGGAAGGAAACCUCAGCUACUGGAGUUAAUAGCCUGCAGGUUAAUUACUCCCUGAAAGGUAUUGUGGAGAAAUACAACAAAAUCAAGGUCUCUCCCAAAAUGCCAGUGUGCAAAGGACACUUGGGGCAGCCUCUAAACAUUUUCUGCCUAACUGAUAUGCAGCUAAUUUGUGGGAUCUGUGCUACUCGAGGUGACCACACCAAGCAUGUCUUCUGUUCUAUUGAAGAUGCCUAUGCUCAGGAAAGGGAUGCCUUUGAGACUCUCUUCCAGAGUUUUGAGACCUGGCGUCGGGGAGAUGCUCUUUCUCGUUUGGAUACCUUGGAAACCAGUAAGAGGAAAUCCCUGCAGUUACUGACUAAAGAUUCAGAUAAAGUGAAGGAAUUUUUUGAGAAGUUGCAACACACAUUGGAUCAAAAGAAGAAUGAAAUCCUGUCUGACUUUGAGACCAUGAAACUUGCAGUAAUGCAAGCUUAUGACCCAGAGAUCAACAAACUCAAUACCAUCUUGCAGGAGCAACGAAUGGCUUUUAAUAUUGCUGAGGCUUUCAAAGAUGUGUCAGAACCCAUUGUAUUUCUGCAACAGAUGCAGGAGUUCAGGGAGAAAAUCAAAGUAAUCAAGGAAACUCCUUUACCUCCCUCUACUUUGCCCACAAGCCCUUUAAUGAAGAACUUUGAUACCAGUCAAUGGGAGGACAUAAAACUAGUAGAUGUGGAUAAACUUUCUUUGCCUCAAGAUACUGGCACGCUCAUAAGCAAGAUUCCUUGGAGAUUCUAUCAGUUAUUUGUGGUACUCCUUCUACUUGGCCUCCUUAUUUUCCUCAUUUUCUUUGGUCCUACUGUAUUCCUAGAAUGGUCUGUAUUUGAUGAACUGGCAAUUUGGAAAGACCAUCUUUCGAAUUUCAGUUUUUAUCUGACUAAAUCAGCUGAUUUUGUAGAACAAUCAGUUUUUUACUGGGAACAAGUGACAAAUGGGUUUUUCAUUUUCAGUGAAACAGUCAACAAUUUUACUUUGGUGGUGCUAAAUAAUGUGGCCGAAUUUGUGUGCAAAUAUAAACUAUUAUAAAAUCU